AUGUCAGAUGAUCAUCUUAAACAAGAAAAGGCUUUAAUGACUAUCGCUUCAAUAAGUCUCAAUUGCGACUUGCCUCUAGAAAAGUUUUACAAUGUUGCCUCAUUUUUUAUCAGAAAUUUAAUAAAUCAAGCCUAUCUGAUAGAAAGAAUUGAAUUCGCUCAAGGCAUCAUUAAGCUUGGCUAUUUGAACUGCAUUAAUGAGUUGAUCUAGAAAUGCAUGAGACUUUUAGAGCACGAUACUAAGCUUCCUGCCAAUCAGUAAAACCCAAUCUCAAUUGAACUCUAUUAAACUGUGAUUGAGCAGUGCUUUGUCAACCUCAGUGAAUUAUUCCACUUUAUUGAGCAUGGUGAUUUAUUAAAGCAAUUAACAUAGUCUGAGCAUACUCAAUAGUACUUCUAGCUUUUACUGAACUGCUAGACAUACCCAUACAUGACUGUGAAGAUAUUCAGACAAAUCUCAGUGUUCUUUAAAGAAAUGUCCUCUGAUAACACCUAUGCCAAGAUCUUUUACUCUCAACCAUUUUGUGAAUUUAUUAAGACAUUCGCUGCAAAUCUAAACGAGGACAAUUGCGAGUUUGUAUCGAACUUGAUUGUAUUCUUUUACAAUGUGCUAUUCAACCAAGGUGGGUUUCAACUAGUGCAUUAGAAUAUGGAGGUUAUUAAUGCUGUGAUUGCCAAAAUAUUCAGCUAUCAUACCCCUCAGCAAGUAUUCAUGAAGGAAUUUAGUUCUAAAUACAAACCAGCUGAUAAGCCAGUUGAUGAGAAUGGAAAGUAAAAAUAAAAAGAUGCUGAUGAGAAUGAAGAUGAGAAUGAAGACAUGCUAGACGAGGUAGAAGAGGAAGAUGAUAAUGAAGCAGAGUUGAAGGAAGUAAAGGAAGAUAAUGUUGUUAAGUCAGUGGAAUACAGACUUUGGAAAUCAUUAGCAAGAUCUAAUUAAAGCGUUCUGGAUUUGCUUUGUGAGAUCAUUGCUCUUUCUUCAAGUGACUAAGAUGAUGAUGAAUUUGAAGAAAUAGACGAUGAUGAGCCAGCAAAAGAUAGUAACAAUGAGAUUGUGAUUGAUACUGAUGUCAUUAAGAAGUACUGUGCUGAUCUAAUUUUGAGUGGUGAUUACUACAGUAAGAUUUUACAAAGAGCUGAAGCGGUUCCUUAGUAUCUUGGCUUGCCAUAAGAGAUUGAAACACUAAUGAAUGAAGUUUAGGAAUCGUCAUUUGGAUUACUACUGAAUGUGAUUUAAAAUCUUGGGAGCUUGAUUAAUCAAGACAUGAUUUAUCCUUUAAUUGCUUCAGUCAAAGGUACAAUUGAUUUGAAUCUAUACAAAUGCGAGGAAACUUUAUUUGAGAGUCUUAUGCAAAUAACUUUAUUUGUUUUGAACAAUGAUCAAUCAGGCUUGAUGAAGCCAUACCUAUUUGAGUAGUUAUUGGAUCCACUAAUAAGACUCGGGAACUAUGUUCAACUUCCUGAAAUAAAACAGCUUUGUGUGAUGGCUUUGACCCUUCUAUUAUCAACUGAAUCAUCUCAUAGCAAAUCAAUUCUCACUACACCUGAAAAUAUUCAUGUUGUGUCUGAAAUUUUGAUAAGUUCUUGCAAAUCAGGUAAUCUUUUGUUAAUUGCCCAUGCAAUAAAUGGAUUUUUUGACAUUUUCUCUGAGGCAAACUACAACUAAAGCUUAGUAGAAAAGCAAGUUCUUGAAAUGAUGAGAGCAGGAUUAUCAGCUUUAGAAUAACUUUAUGUUUAACAAAGUAAAGCUAAGAUAUAUAGCAAAAAUGAGUUGAAGUUCGCGAAAGAAUCUAUUGAAAAUUUACCUAGCUUUAUUGACUACAAGGUUAAAGAAAUGGGUCUAUAGUGA